AUGGCGUUCAGGCGGCACUUCUCUCGCGUCGGCUCCGCCGAGCGCUGCACAGAGACCAUCUUCACUGACCACCAACGACAGGUGUGCGACUACGCGCUCGUCUACGCGGAGAAGAAGAACGACGGCGAAGCGCCGUACUCGGUCUCCUUCACCGCGACGCAGAGCGGCGACGUCAUCGUACAGCUGCACCCGCACUCGCAGCUCGAGCGCGCUCUCGCGCACACUCGGUGGCGCGCGCGCCAGGCGCGGAUCGAUGCUGAGCCAGGCACCGAAGGGGCAGACGACGAUCAUGAUGAGACUGGCAGCCAGCCUGCGGCGGAGGAUCUGGAGACGGAGAAAAUCGCGGUUUCUGUUGCCACCCUGGACUGCGGUCCGGUCUCAACGGCAGCCGAGCUUCUCAUGCUCACAGCACCACGCCUUCUUGCUGCUGGCCCACCGCUCGCGGGUCCGACAGUUGAAGCGGUGAGCUGCUGCCGCUGCAAGUAG